CAGGAGCAGUACACCCUCAAGCAGCCUACAGUAGUGGUAGAUCGACUGCCUCUGCCCGCACAACCCCCUGCGUGUCGCCCGGUGGCCUUUGGGGUGUCGUCUGCCGGGACACGUGAUUGUAGCAAUCAGGUCAGCACCUUAGUUUUCUCUCCUGUUGCCACGUGUCAAUCGUACGGUAGGUGAGGUGGUCGAUCAGGUUCCGAGGAGUCAAUCCUUCCUUCCAGCUAUCCAAUCAAUACAUUAAUCUAUAAGAUCGACUGAUUGAUAAUUAAUAAUUAAUCAGCGAGCAGCGAGUGAGCAGCAGCAGGGUCACAGUCGGCCUUCCGCUCAUCACUCCUCGACUGCUCAGUUAGACUGAGGCUACAGGAGUGACGACGAAGGAGAGAGACCGACGCGUAAGCAUGGCGAUGGCGUCAGCGUCGGCGGCAGUUUCCCAGUCCUCAUGUCGAGCUCAGGCCCUGGGAUUACACGUGUGCGGCACAUCGACGACGCCCAGUGAUGGAAAGAGAGGAAUCCGGUCCCAUAUCCAGUGGCCGCCGGGCAUGGGGGCGGAGAAAGGCGCCGCCGCCGCCGCCGGCUGCCGCUUCCUCGGCGCAUCGUCAUCUUCUUCGUCUAAAGCCACUCCACAUGCUUCAAACUGCCCGUCGUCCUCUUGUCCCUCGUCUUCUCUUAAGCAGCAGCACCAUCAUGUCCGUGCGCAUCCCCCCUGUCAUGAGCAGCAAAGGGGUGCGUUUUUGGGGCACUGUGCGCCGCUGAGAACGUCGUCCCGAUCCCCGGGAAGAGGGGGAGCAGGGGGAGCGGGGCGAGGUUGUCGCGUAUUCACUCGACAUGUCCGCUCCGCGGUGGUGCUGGCUAUGGCGGUCUCCGCCGCGUCAUCUCCAUCGACUGAAGAGCUCCCGUCUCUCUCCUCUCUCCCUUUGACGCCUUUUAUCAGUGAGGGGGGAGAAGUCGCGCCGCCGCCGCAGGACGCCUCCACCAAAGCCAGCGUUUUUGCCGUCUACGACGCGGGCAAAAAGGCGCAGUACGUCGGGUUUUCCAAAGACGCGCGCAACUCCCUGAGGACCUUGCUCUGCCGACGCCCCGAGCUUUGCUACUUCUACCAGGUCUUCAACCUCCCUUCUCUCGAUCAAACGCAGAUGCUGGCCAUUCGCUCCCACUGGUUCUCGGAAAUUGGCAAUCCGCCGCCGGGGAACGAGCAAGCGGGGGAGAGGGCGAAGUGGGAGAAGCCGUUCGAUGCGGGGUCCGAGCCGGCGGCGAAGGAUCGAGUCCGGCAAGUGAUGAAGGUGCUGGCCGAGAGAGGGUUGAGGGAGAAGAUGGACUUCAACCCCUCUCUCCUACAGGAGGGGAAGUGUGACGUCAUCGCGUCCGCCGAGUCUACUGCAGCUUCCGCGGAGCCGGCGGCGGGGGUCGCCGAUUCCAGACGCAGACACGUCUCCAUCGCUGGUCCUAACGGUGAUGUCGUGGAGUUUGAUGUGUUUUAUCAGCGAAAGUUCCCCACCAACGGAGGAUGGAUGUACGAUCUGCAAAUUACGGCCAACGGAUUGGAAACCACUCAUAGGGUAAUCAUCGGCAAAGUGUACCCCGAAUCGGUAGGUAUAUCAGAGGACGACUUCUUGGAGAGGACAUUCGCAUUCUUACUGGCCAAGAAGCUGCCACGUAGGACGGAGGGAAUGCUGACGUCAGACCAGUUCCCCGUCAACUACUUCAGCGUGUCCGAAGUGGAACAAUGGUACGACGACUUCAAGCUUAUGUUCCGCGAUGGAGAAUCCCUCCUUCCCGGUGAGGCGGGGUAUUGGCGAUUUAAUCGGGUACACAAAUACGGCCCUAGUGAGGACAGCAUGCCGCUCGUGGGCCCGGAGAAUUGAGUUGUGUAUGUCAAUCAACGAUGCAUUAUUAAUGGGGGGAGGGGGAGGGAGAGACAGGCUGGAUGGAUUGAUGUAUGGAACGGAUACACUUAACCGUACUAGAUGGAGAUGGAGAGAUGCCGCGGCUGCUCCUAGGGUAUUACCUACUAGUACCCCUCCCAGUCAACCUCAGGCCGCCCUAUUCAGGAACCCUACGCCGCCCAGCUCCUGCAAUCUCUGUUCCCUCUCAUCAUCUCCCUCGCCUUCUCUCUUCGCCGUACUACUCUCUCCUUAUGCUACUCCAUUACCUUGCCCUAAUUUGUGUCCCUCCCUCCUUGCCCGCCUCUCUCUUUCUCUCUUUCUCUCUUUCUCUCUUUCUCUCUGUCUGUCUGUCUGUCUGUCUGUCUGUAUGCGUGUCUCUCCCUCCCCCUCCCCUCCUUUAGUGUUGCGUAACUGUCCGUUUGGCUGCCUGCUUGCCGUGGUGCAGAGGCAUGACUGUGAGCACUCUCCCUUCAUAAUGAUUACCGAUAUUACCGAGCUUUGUCUCCUCGCGCCCUUUGCCUGUAGGUCCCAUGCUACUACCCUCCGGGCGCGGUAUUCUCUUUUCCUUCUCCCAUUUUCCCUCCCUCCGUCCAGUCUCUGUCCUCGUGCCCGUCCUUGGGUUCGACUCUAGUCGUUCCUUUUACGGCGGCGUYUUUUUUUUUUUUUUUUUUUUUUUUUUUGGUGGAAGAGCUUCUCAACACCCUCCUCCYGCCCMCCUUAUCUACUCCCUUUUCCCUGCUUUGUUCUCGUCUCGCAGACCUUUGCGAUCUGUGUGGGACGGUACUUUGUCCAGGCAAAGGUGUUAGCUUCUUCAAGCCAGUAUGAGGGAAGAAGAUGCAAUAUCGAGAGGGCGGAAUUGCGGCGUACCAACGCCAUCCCCUUCAUACCUCGCUCGCGUGGUCCUUCCAUCCCUCCACCCUCCCCGUUCCUCCCUCCCCUCCUCCCUCCCCUCCUCCCUCCCUCCCUGCCUGACAUUUCCAGACGGACAAAGUUUUGCUGAAAGCAAGCGUAUUUGAUCCCAGGCCUCCGACUGCAGUUCUUCCAUCACCGAUGAACUUGUUGCUGUUUCCCCCCCCAGGAUCUGUAUUGUAAUCUCAAGGACUCAGUUUACUUUCCGGGCGCCGGUGUUGUCACUCCCUCCAUCUCUCUCUCUCUCUCUCUCUCUCUCUCUCUCUCUCUCUCUCGCUGUCAGUACAUACGCACCCACUUAUACACGGGGGAGAGAAGGUGGUGUCUCUCUGUCUGACAUUUACUCACAAUAAAAGCCACACACACACACACACACACACACACACACACACACACACACACACACAGAGAGAGAGAGAGAGAGAGAGAGAGAGAGUUUUGUGAGACAAAUCUUCAUGCAUGGCUAUAGAGUGUGCGUGGAUGAAGGAUUAUAUGUUUGUAUUGCUUUCAUCAUUGCCAGUCAAUCACAGGGGCUUGCGGAGGGAAGCACUGUUGGAGGUGGAAUUCCAAUUACAGUAUUUCCAAUCUUGUCGGUGAUUGCCACUCGGCU